AUAUCAACAAAUGGGCUUAGCUUCAUUCUUUCACUUCUCUUAUUUUUUUACUUUUCUCUUCUUAGUAACAGGUUCUUUUCUCAAUCCUCUACAGAGAAGGAACAUGAAAGCAUCACUUUUUUUACUUUUUCAAGGUGUUCUGCUGUAUGUUGCUCUGGGAUGGAAAGUGAGAAUGCCAAAAGACAUUCACGGCCUCAAAGGUUCCUGUCUGGUUAUACCAUGUUCUUUUAACUACACAGCAUACCCACCUGCAAACCCACGAAGAGUUGUGUGGUAUCAGUGGGUCUCUAGUGGUUAUCCUCUAGUUUAUGAUCCAAGGUCUCCAAAUGAUGUCAUUAAAAAGUUCAGAGGGAAAACUGAUUUAUAUGGUGACCCAUCAAGUAGGGAUUGCAGUCUGCUGAUCAAAAACCUGGAACUGUCCCACAAUGGAGAGAAAAUAUAUGCAUGGAUUGACCCUGAAAAUGUUGGAUGGCGCACCUACAAAUUUUAUGAUGUCACCUCUACAAUUCAAGUUGAUGCAAGCCCACAGCAGCCCAGCAUCAAUCUUUAUGGAGGUGAAAGGACUGGUGACAACAUCACAGUAGCAUGUUCAACUUUCCACACGUGCCCAUACAGCAAGCCAAACAUCACUCUGAAUGGUAUAGAAGGAUCUGAUACAAUAAAGGAUGAGUCUUUUAAAGACGGCCUGUGGCAAACCACUCUGACACGUACAGGUGUCAUAAAGGCGGAAAACUCAACUAUUGAGUGUUCAGCAACACAUCAUGGUGGCAUAACAGUGACAGCUACUAAAAACAAGAGUGCACAAUGUGUUCAUCAUAAAAUAAUGAUUGAGCCUGAACUGGGAGAUGUCACAGAGGGUGUCGCAAAGAACUUUAUUUGUAGCGUCUACCAUUCCUGCCAGAAUGAGAAUCCAACCAUCACAUGGAACUAUGAGAACAUGCAAGACACAAAGGGGAACAAAAAACUCUCCAGUUUAAAUCAGGUCACCUACUCCAACAUAACCUUUCUAGGUGCAAACAAAGAUGAUGGGAAGAAAUUGAUUUGCACUGCAAAUUUUUCUGGAGGAACCAUUACAACCUCUGUUGUUUUACAUGUACAAUGUGUUCAUCAUAACAUAUCAAUUGAGCCUGAACUGGCAGAUGUCACAGAGGGUGUCGCAAAGAACUUCAUUUGUAGCGUCUACCAUUCCUGCCAGAAAGAGAACCCAAGCAUCACAUGGAACUUUGAGAACAUGCAGGUCACAAAGGGGAACAAAACACUUUCUGGUUUAAAUCAGGUCACCUAUUCCAACAUAACCUUUCUGGGUGCAAAAGAAGAUCAUGGGAAGAAAUUGAUAUGUACUGCAAAAUUUUCUGAAAGGGAUGUUACGGCAUCUGUUGACUUAAAUGUGCAUUCCCUUUCCCAUAAUGAAGCAGACCCAGUGCUCACUGGACUGAAGACUAUUGGUCUUUAUAUCCUAACACCCUCACUUGUGUUCCUCAUCACUUGUAUACUUGCUGGAGUCAUCAUAUACAAGAAGCGACAGAGGUCAAAAGAUGCAAUGUCAGGAAACAAGUCUUUCUCUAAGCCUUGCAUGCCAUCACCAAAGAGUGAUCCAAAAUCUUCCUCCGACAAUGAUUAUGAAGCUGAAUACACCAACAUGGACGAACUCAACAUGUAUGGAAAUAUCUGAUGAAAACAACGUCAAAGCAAAAUGCCUCAAUGCAAUGUUUUUUGAAAAGAUUAACAAAAUUUGGCUUUAAUAAUAAUAACGAAACAUUUGUUAUGCAUAUCUGCAUCUCUUCUUAGAAUUCCAAAUCUAUUCAGGUUGGUUUACCAACAGCUCUGAUUUAUGUUUAUAAAUUAUAUAUGUAAAUUAUGUAGAGUUUUACAAAUUUUUCACUACUUUUGUACCUCACUAUUAAAUGUAAUUGAAUCAUAUUGUUAUGCUCAGACAAGAGACAUACCAAACAGAAAGUGAGGCUGUUUUUUUAGAAAUGCUUAAGGUAUUAGAACAAAAAUUUGUCCAUGUCAUCACCAUCCUGGGAGUACUUUGAGCAGUAUAGAGACAGUGCCACCUGCUAGUCAAGAAAUCAUAAAAACUGGACAUACAGUGUAAAUUAAAUUAUGUCAUUAUGGCCAGUGUCUCAUUUUUAGACAUGUCAUGAUAUGGAAGAGCACAAACAUAAUUUGAACAGAGGUAUGCCUAUGACACAUAAUUAUUUUUCCAGCUUCACUCAGUUCAUGUUAAUACCUUUCGAUGAAAUGUUAUGAUUAAAAUGUAAAUAAAUACAA